GUCACAGCUUACGUAGUGCGCUUAUGUAGGGAACUGGGAAGCAUUUGGGAUUCGGCCAGGAUGAUGUGAAAGACAGUUUCUCCUCUGCGAAAAAAGAGAACUACAGGACUGGCUGGAAAAGUCGGGGCUUGUGGAGGUUCGGCGGUUUUCUGGGGCGAUUUUCGGUGCAACACAAACCGCAGGAAAGAGAUUAUAAAUGUAAAGCAGAGGCAGGUUUAGGGAUGGAGGGGGAUGUGGAUAAAGCAGCGCUGGUAGAAGAAGAGGAGAAGAAGAAAUCAGUAAAUAAUGAUGCAGCUCACGAUUCGGGGAAAACACCUGGGCGCAUCUGGACUUUUUGGACUUUAUUCGUGGUCGCGUGCGUUCCGGUAAUCGGUGCUGGGAUCCAGUAUUUCAGAAACACACACAUCUCCCAGCGUCAUGAAGCGGCGCUGAAGACCCUAGGAGCAGAAGGACUUUUCCUCUUCUCAUCUCUGGAUGUAGAUCACGACCUCUACCUGAGUCCCGAGGAGUUUAAACCCAUCGCUGAAAAACUCACAGGUGUCGCUCCUCCUGCGGAGUUUGAAGAGGAGUUCAUCGCUGACCCGAACGGAGAGACGCUCACGCUUCAUGCAGCCAUGCAGCCGCUUCUGCUCGAGACCAUGACCAAGAGCAAGGACGGCUUUCUGGGGGUAUCCCACAGUGCGCUGAGCGGCCUGCGUUCGUGGAAGCGUCCCGCUGUUCCAUCCUCCAGCUUCUCCGCUGCUCAUUUCCGGGUCUUUCUGCCCCCGAAGGGUAAAGGGGAGCCGGGGGACACGUGGUGGAUCAUACCAAGUGAGCUCAAUAUCUUCACUGGAUAUCUACCCAAUAAUCGGUACCACCCGCCCACCCCCCGCGGCAAGGAGGUUCUGAUCCACACCCUGCUCAGCAUGUUUCAUCCUCGCCCAUUCAUCAAAUCCCGCUUCGCUCCUCAGGGAGCCGUGGCCUGCAUACGAGCCGUCAGCGACUUCUACUACGACAUCGUGUUCAGGAUACACGCCGAGUUCCAGCUGAAUGACGUUCCCGAUUUCCCGUUCUGGUUCACACCCGGUCAGUUCGCUGGCCAUGUCGUGCUCUCCAGAGACGCUUCUCAUGUCCGAGACUUCCAUCUGUAUGUCCCUAAUGACAAGUCUCUGAAUGUCGAUAUGGAGUGGCUGUAUGGUGCCAGUGAGAGCAGCAGCAUGGAGGUGGAUAUCGGCUACCUGCCACAGAUGGAGUUGCGAGCGGCCGGCCCGUCCACGCCCUCCGUGAUCUACGAUGAACAGGGGAAGGUGAUUGACACCCGAGAGGAGGGAGGAGAACCCAUCCACUUUGUGUUCGAGGAGAUCCACUGGAGCUCUGAGAUCAGCCGAGACGAGGCAGCCGGUCGCCUCGAGGUCACUUUUUACCCUUUCAAGAAGGUGGCGUACCUGCCUUUCUCAGAGGCCUUCAGCAGGGCAGAAGCAGAGGGGAAACUGGUUCACUCCAUCCUGCUCUGGGGAGCGCUGGACGAUCAGUCCUGCUGAGGUUCGGGGCGAACUCUCCGGGAGACAGUCCUGGAAAGUUCGCCCGUCCUGGCCUUGCUCAACCAGAGCUUCAUCAGCAGCUGGUCUCUCGUCAAAGAGCUGGAGGACCUGCAGGCUGAUGAGAAGAAUCUGGACUUGAGUCAGAAGGCGCGUUUACACCUGGAGCAGUACAGCUUCCCUGUGGAAAUGAUGGUGGCGUUGCCUAAUGGCACAGUGGUUCACCACAUCAACGCUAACAACUUCCUGGACCAGACGUCCAUGAAGCCGGAGGAGGACGAGCCGGGGUUCAGCUUCUCGGGCGGGUUCGAGGACCCGUCCACCUCCACCUACAUCCGCUUCCUGCAGGAGGGACUGGACAAGGCCAAAGCUUACCUCCAGUCAGCAUCAUAAACACACACACACACACACACACACCUCUCAGUCUAACAGCUAGACUCGUCCGUGUCUCACACACGUGAACGGGGAAUUAUUUCCUGGACCUUGUGCUGCACUGAAUUCUGGGGAUUUCUCUCCUGUCCUGUAGCAAGUGACUGCAGAUUUUUCUACAUGUAUCUGGUAAUACAGUGAAUACGGUAACACUAUUUUUGUGACCUGGGUUUAAGCGUAGUGUGCUGGUUCAUCAACACUCCAGCUCUGACCUAGAGAAGAGGCAUUUAUUAAAGAAAUAGUUCAGCCAAAAAAAAAAAAAAAAAAAAUUGAAUUGAAAUAUAGUUCAUCAGCCAAGACAUGUUUGGUGUCCAAAGUUUGUUUCUUUAGUUUUGCACUGGAGAUACGAGGAUAAUGUAGCUAAUAACUAACUGAAGCUAAAUGAAAGAACAGAAGCUUUAGACACCAAACAUGGCUGAUUUCUACUUUCACUAAUUCUUUUGCCCUAACUAUUACUUUACCUUUUUUUUUUCUUCCAUUUUCAGUUAUUUUGUUCACUUUUUUUUCUCCACUCACCACCAAAUGUGUGGCAGCCUGAGAAAACCCUUCACAUGGUGAAAAUCUGACAUUUUCCAUUAUAUACAGUUCUACACACUUAAACAAAAAACAAAAGAACAUGGAACGUAAUAAAUAGGAAAAAGAAAUAUGUUUCUCUUUUGCAUGCAUUUCAACCAGAAGUGAAGUUCUAGCAUUUUAAAACCGGAUCUCUAAUUACGAACUGAUUGGGUGUAUGUCCGUUUCGCUACGUCAUGUAGCUAUCACACGACUUGAUCAAAGUGUGACGUUCACGCCGGUUAUACACUGCGAUCUCAGCCGACUUUUAAGAUUAUUACUUGUCACACUGUAUGAGAUCCUAAUGGCUGAAUUCUAUAACAUACUGUACAACAUGGUGUGUAGUCCAUCUCAGCGUAUACGAUGAAGAUCCUCUAACGAUAGACCUGUGACGAGUGACGUAAGCAGAAUGCAGUCGUUUUCUUUAAUCAGCUGAGCAGAAAACAAACUCUCAUAACACACUGUCGUUAUAAGGAGAUUUCUUCUGUUUGUUAGCAUGUUCCAUGCAUGUUUCAUUUAUGUUUCGCCAUCGCCGCUACCAUAUUCGUAGCUAUCCUGUGAGAUCCUGUGCCGUCCUCCUAUUGGUGGAUUUCAGAUAAGCGUCGUAACAGUGCCAACUACCUUCCUAGAAUGUUGUCGUCACCUAGAAUGGUGGCACUAAACCGACGAAAAGAUCAGAGAAGUCUUUUACGAAGUGUGAUUUUUGUCUGAAACUGCAAAACCGGGCUGAAGAUCAUACAGUGUAAAGCCGGCUUUAGCUACAAAAUAUUUAGAAAUCUUUCGACAGAUUCUUUAUAGUGCCGCAUUUAAUAAAUCUAAAACACAACGUUAGAAAAUAAAAAUAUUUCCGUGUCAUUUUGGCAUAAUACAUAUAAUUUCUUAAAACUGAUGUGUCAAAAUACAGCAAUUUUUCACUCAUUUUUGCUUUGACAUGUGACUGGUUUUCCCAGAAUGCCACACACACAUUAAUAUUAUUUUUGAGUUUGUUUCCAUGGACAAUGGUACUCUAGUAGCUGCUCAGUGUGUUCAGAAUGAAGGAAGUGGGUUUGUGUUGCUCAGCCAAACACACUGGUGGUGUGUGUGAGUGUGCGUGUGUGUGUGUGUGUGUGUGUGUGUGGUUUGUUCUUGGAUGGAGCAGUUUGUGAUGGCCUGCUCUGAAAGCUCACUGUGGCGAGACCAGGCCUGAUGUCUUUGUUCCAGUCCAAACACACACACACACACACACACACACACACACACACACACACACACACACAGAGCACAAUAACACAAACACACAAAGCCAUACCGCAUUGCUGAGCAUAAACACACACACACAUGUAUGCACACAUAAGUGCUAGAAGAUCAGUGUAUUGUCUUGUCUUGUAGUCAUGAUCAGUAUUAACUAUGCAAAAUUAUUUCCCUAUAAUUCAAAGCCACUGCUUUCCUUAUAUUUAUGGAACAAAUUAGACUCAGUGUUAUCGGAAAGAAAGAAUUUAUUCGUCCUGGAAAAGUCAUAAUUAUAUUAUGAUUUAUCUCUGACUAUCAUAUCAUAUUAUACUUUUACAAAAGUACCACUUUUGCCAAAGACGAUCAAAGGAAGUUUGAGGUAAACUGAGUAAACGGAGCAUAAAAGUAUCGAAUUCAAGUAGUAAUUUGCCUCCAAAUCAGAUUUUCACGUUUUCAUUACAGUAACAUGGACAAACAGAUGUCUGAACUUUGCUUCUUUAGUUUUGCACUUGAGCUACGAGGCUAAAAUAGCUAACAACUCUUGAAAAUACGUGGCCAGAGCUUCAUACGCUUAAGGUUGGUUUAUACUUGAUGCAUGACGUUGCGUGACUUUUUGUUGUCGAAAGCUGCAUCUCAAAUCAAAAACUCUGACCUUACAUUCAAAAUAGAGCUUUCGGUAGGGUUGAGGACUAAUUUUAAAAUUGAAAAACUAAACAGAAUAGUACAGAAGUAUGCGAUUUGAGACACAAGGCUAGUUUGUUUAUUAUUUGCAGACACGGUGUAACAUGGUGCUAUACUGCCCCCCAGUGUUUACGUUGGUGUUGCACAGCGCGUUCGUUUCGGAGGCCGUGCACAAGCGACGCUCGGAACAAGCACAGGAUAUGCGUGGCAGCCAUCUUGUUUACGCACAUGCGUAGCUAAAAGCACGUAUAAUCCAGGCGUUUCUUUUAAACAACAUCAGUAAGCUUGAUGAUCUCAUUGUUAAGCAAGUGAUAACAGCUUUCAAUCCCAACUUUAAAAUUGGGAAACAGUGGGCCUCAUUCCACAGGCUGGAUAUGAACAAAUUUAUUUGUAAAUUCAUUUAUUCAGUUUUAUAUACGGAUUAUUACCCUGUCAAGUUAAAAAUGAUCAAAACAUAACCACAAAUGAAGACAAAUCAGGCUGUUCGUUCAAUUAGGACAAAAGUAAUGGCGCUCUAUUAAAAAAACGGAAGUUAGUGAGUGUCUAUGGAAGCUGACACGCUGCAGUGGCUGAGCUGCGUUAUUGGAAUAUUUAGCAUUCUCCGCACUUAGGACGUGCUCUUUCACCAUUUAGUCGCAAUUUGGUUGUUUUCAGCUCUCUGUAAUCUCUGUAGGCUUAAUGUAAAUCAGCUCUGGAGAGAAGACACUUGGUAAUUUAUGGUAGAUUAUUAAUAAAUAUUAUUAAUAAAUAAGUAUUAUUAACAUACGCAUGAGUACGAAGACAAUCAACAUACAUUUUUCUAAGUCUGGUGGGAAUUUUUAAGUUUGGUUUGACCUACAAAUAAUUUACUAAAAUAUCAAGGAAAAAAGUGAUUUCGGUUGUCCAAGAUGGCCGCCGUCAUAAUGUUACAGCGUUCAGCUACAUGGUAGAGUUUACGUCAUGUUUAUAGCCGACAGGAAGUCCUACUCUGUCCUAAACCACAUCAUCAUAUCUGAGUGACUUUAUUGAAGAACUGAAUCUAGUUUGAGGAGAAAAUUUACACAAAACAUAUUGGCUAAAACUGAAUUUUUUAUAACUUGUUAGCUACAUUAGCAUCAGUUAGCUACAUUACAUCAGUGCAAACAGGAGCAAACGUUGGACAUGAAACGUCGACUACACUUGUGGUGAGCGGAAAACUGUGUGUAUUUGUUUUAUUUGUAGUGUUCAUCAUUUGUGUUCACUAUAUGAAUACUUUCCCUGUAUGAAUGUUUUUGUUGUGGAGUAUCAGAAAAUGGAGUACCGGAAAAUAAAGAGCUUUUCUACUUGU